CAUCACUUGCACCUCCAAAACGACACCGCCUCGCUGCCUUUCAGCCAUGAAGAGCGGAUCUCUGCUGAUAUACUACGUGAUAGUGGCUUCUUUGGUCGGUAGCGGAGUCGCGAAAACGACGACGUAUUCGACUCGACUGAUUCACAGAUUCUCGGAGGAAGUUAAGGCUAGAAAUGGAAAUGUGACGACGUGGCCGGUGAAGAGGAGCUUUGAGUACUACCAGUUGCUCCUCAGUAGUGAUUUCCAGAAGCAGAAGAUGAAGCUCGUUCCGAAGUUUCAGCAUCUUUUUCCUUCUCAAGGCAGCAAAACGAUGUCGCUUGGAAAUGACUUCGGCUGGUUACAUUAUGCUUGGAUUGAUAUAGGGACACCGAAUGUUUCGUUUCUAGUUGCAUUGGAUGCGGGGAGUGAUCUACUUUGGGUUCCCUGUGAUUGCGUACAAUGCGCUCCUCUGUCUGCAAGUUACUAUAAUAGUCUGGAUAGAGAUCUAAGUGAGUACAGUCUUUCUGGUUCAAGCACAAGCAAGAACCUAUCCUGCAGCCACCAGUUAUGUGACCUGGGACCAAACUGCAAAAAUCCUGAGCAGCCAUGCCCUUACACUAUCAACUACUACACAGAAAAUACCUCAAGUUCUGGAUUGCUUGUUGAGGACUUGUUACAUCUUGCAUCUGGCGGUGACAAUUUAGUAAACAAAUCUGUGCAGGCUUCUGUCAUAAUAGGUUGUGGUAUGAAGCAGAGUGGCGGUUACUUGGAUGGGGUUGCCCCUGAUGGUCUGAUGGGGUUGGGGCUUGGGGAAGUUUCAGUUCCGAGUCUGCUUGCAAAAGCAGGAUUGAUUCGAAACUCCUUUUCAAUGUGCUUUGAUGAGGAUGAUUCUGGAAGAAUCUUUUUUGGGGAUCAAGGACCAGCAACCCAACAAUCUACCGCAUUCCUGUCCACAAAUGGAAAAUACAUUACCUACACCGUUGGAGUUGAGGACUGCUGUAUUGAAAGUUCUUGUCUCAAGCAGACAAGCUUCACAGCUCUUCUUGAUAGUGGGUCAUCAUUUACAUUUCUUCCUAAUGAAGUUUUUGAAAGAGUUGCCCAGGAGUUUGACAGACAAAUAAAUGCUACAAUCUCUAGCUUUGAAGGUUAUCCUUGGAAAUAUUGCUACAAGUCCAGUUUGCAGGAGCCACCCAAGGUUCCUUUGGUUAAACUCAGAUUUCCACAGAACAACAGCUUUGUGGUCCAUAAUCCUGUUUUCAUGAUCUAUGGCAUUCAGGGACCUAUUGGAUUUUGUUUAGCCAUUCAGCCAACGGAUGGAGAUAUUGGGACAAUUGGACAGAACUUCAUGACAGGUUACCGAGUAGUGUUUGAUCGGGAAAAUUUGAAGUUUGGUUGGUCGCAUUCUGAUUGUCAAGAUCUCAGCGAUAGUAAGAACUUGCCCCUGACACCAAAUGGUGCACCCUCUAAUCCUUUGCCUACAAAUGAACAGCAAACAACACCCGGUGGGGCUGCAGCUGCUCCAGCUCUGGCAGGAAGAGCAUCACCCUCAAAACCGUCAACUGCCCCAUCUGAACUCAUUUCAUCCCGGUAUUGUUUGUUAAACUUGCUGGCAUCCCUGCUUUUGUUGCGUCUACUUGUUUCAACUUCCUAAUGCAAGUUUCAAACACCUUUAAUAUAUGAAAUUUCACUAAUGCAAGUUUCAAACACCUUUAAUAUAUGAAAUUUCACUACCCAUUUAGUCUUUCAUGUACAUCUAGGUGUUCUUGUUCCUUUUUCUUUUUUGUUUUCACGUCAUAUAUAUGAACAUGAAACAGUGCCAUUUUUCGCUCUUUCUAGGCCAUUGGAUUGCUUUGAGCAUGUAGGAUAUGAACCAGAAUUCCUUUAUAUAUAUAUAUAUAUAGUUUAAU